AUGAUUGGGAGUAAUAUACCCCCUGCCGCCAAGAGCGCCGGAAAUUGGCCCGGCCUGGAGUUCGGGUUCGUAUGGGGUCCGGGAGCACUCGGGCUCGGGACGACGGCGACGUGGCUCCGGGCGAUCCGACCGCCGGAUCGCCGAACAACUGGAGGAGGUAACAAAACCGAUAUGUUCGACAAGGCUUCGCUGGACCAGCUUUUUGAAGAACUGCGGGACGAGUUCGAGCUGGAGACCGACUGGGAAGACAUCCAACGGGACGCCCACCUGGGGGUGGCGUUCGCUGACGCCGGCACGCUGGACGACCGGAAGGGCGGGCUGGACGCUCGCAUCGUCGAGUUCGUCGAGCGGCACAAUCCGGGCUAG